CCGUAAUAAAACACUAUUCAUAUCUUUUAAUUAUGAACCUUUGAUCAGAGUUCAACAGUCAUUCAAACGAUACGUGGAGUUAGUCUCCUUCAGGAUGAGAAACCUUAGGUUAAAGAGGAAUGACUUGAGGUGACGAGAGGGAUCUUUUGCAGUAAGGAGAACUGUUUCAGUCACUUGACCUCCACUCCGUCGGAGGACGAUGAUCCACACAUGAACCAAAACCUCCUGAAUCUGUAAGAACAGACUACCUCUGGAGUUUAUUAACAAAGAGUUCAGAACUAAGGAAGAGUCUUCCGAAGAGUCUUCCUGUCCGGUCCGUGUUGCACGAUUCAUUCACAGCAGCAGGGUUGCUUUGGAUAGAGACUUUAGACCUCCACUAAAAUGGCAGAGAAAAUAACUCGGCUCAAGAGUUUACUGACUUGCAGCGUGUGCACUGAGAUCUUCAAGGACCCGGUGUCUCUGGGCUGUCCCCACAGCUUCUGUUCCAGCUGUCUCCAGGACUUCUGGGCCCAAGCUAAGAACUAGAACUGUCCCGUCUGUAAGAGAAAAAACUCAAAGGAUAUAGUCCUUAACUUUUCCAUGAAGGAGCUCGCUGACUCCUGCGCUGGAAGACAGAGGUCUGACCCCUCUGAAGAGGCCAAGGUGGUCUGCACUGAGCCCUCCAAGAGGUCUGACCCCUCUGAUGAGGCCCAGGUGGUCUGCACUGAACCCUCCCAGAGGUCUGCCCCCUCAGAAGAGGCCCAGGUGGUCUGCACUAAACCCUCCCAGAGGUCUGACCCCUCUGAUGAGGCCCAGGUGGUCUGCACUAAACCCUCCCAGAGGUCUGCCCCCUCUGAAGAGGCCCAGGUGGUCUGCACUGAGCACUUAAAGGAUAUCAAGUGGUUCUGUAAGGACGAGCAGAGAGCUGUGUGUCCUGUGUGUGAGUUCCCUCACCACCAGGGUCACAUGGUGGUUCCUCUAGAAGAACAAGUCCAGGAGCUGAAGCAGCAGCUGAGACCUGACCUCAGGGCUCUACAGGCCAGGAGGAAGAGACACCAGGAGCUGGAGGAGACGUAUGAGGCCAUGGUUACUCACCUCAAGAAACAGCGGGUAAAGACCGAGAGGCGGAUCAGAGCAGAGUUUGAACAGCUUCACCGGUUCCUGAGAGAGGAAGAGGAGGCCAGAGUGAAGGCCCUGGGAGAGGAAGAGGCGCAGAAGAGGAAGAGGAUCCUCCUGGAGAGGAAGACCCUUCAGGAGCAGAUCCGGUCUCUCUCAGAGGGUCUCUCGGCUGUAGAAGCAGACCUGCAGAAGGACGGCCUGUCGUUCCUCAGCGCUUCCACGCGCUCCCGGACCAGCGCCAGAGCCCUGCUCUCCGGUUCUGAUCCCCAGCUGCUUCCUGGAGCGCUGCUGGACGAGGCCAAACACCUGGGAAACCUGGCCCACAGAGUCUGGGAGAAGAUGGGGCAGAGGACCACCUUCAGCCCCGUUAUUCUGGACCCAAACACUGUAAGAGGCGGGCUCCCUCUGUCUGAUGAUCUGACCAGCGUGAGACGUAGCGAUGUAAUCCAGAAGGUUCCCAACAACCCAGAGAGGUUCACUAGGUACCCUGAGUUUCUGGGCUCUGAGGGCUUCAGCUCAGGGGAACACUGCUGGGAGGUGGAGGUGGGAGACCUUCCUCACUGGGCAAUAGGUGUUGCUAAAGAGUCAGUGGAGAGGAAAGGAGAGCGUUAUGAUUCACCAGAUGAUGGAAUCUGGUGUUUACUCCACCACAGUGGAAAGUACACUCAGGGUACUGGUCAAACCCUGACAUUGAAGAGGACUCCAGAGAGGAUCAGAGUCCAGCUGGACCAUGAUGGAGGGGAGGUGUCCUUCUACGACCCUGAAGACAUGACUCUCAUCUACACCCAUCAAGACACUUUCACUGACAACAUCUUCCCUUUUUUUUAUGUUGGAUUAGCAGGUGAAGCCCGGACCAAAGAUGUUAGAGUGUGUGGUGCCCCCUCACGCACUCAGCUCUAGAUUGACCUGUGUGUGUGUGUGUGUGUGUGUGUGUG